UGCUUUGAAUGUGUUAUCACUGAAAUGAAUGAACAAAAUCACGCGAAAAUACUUAACUCAGUUACUUGAAAGGCGGUUUAUUAGAGGAAUGUGAAGGAUUAAAACAGUCUAAAAAAAUGCAAUCUAAUAUUUUGUAUAUUUUAGUUUUACUUACAUUAUUCAAUUCGGUUUUCUGCAGAUCAUUCACUGUAGAUUAUGAGAACAAUUGCUUUAGAAAAGAUGGAAAACCAUUCCGAUACGUCUCUGGUUCAAUUCACUAUUUCAGAGUUCCUGAAGAAUUUUGGCAUGAUCGAAUAUACAAGAUGAAAAUGGCUGGAUUAAAUGCCAUACAAACAUAUGUAGAAUGGAGUCAUCAUGAACCAGAACCUGGAGUUUACAACUUUGAUGGGAAUUACGAUUUGCCUAAAUUUUUGCGAAUUGCUCAAGAUCUUGAUAUGUUAGUCAUUUUGCGUGCUGGUCCAUUCAUAGAUGCUGAAAGAGAUAUGGGUGGGCUGCCAUAUUGGUUACUAAGGAUUGAUCCAAAGAUGAAAUUUAGAACAUAUGACGCAAAAUACAUAAAAUAUGUUGACAAGUGGUUUGGCGUUUUGGCUUCCAUAAUCGAACCAUUCUUGUAUAACAAUGGUGGCCCUAUAAUCACCCUUCAGAUUGAAAAUGAAUAUGGCAGUACUGGGCUGUGUGAUGCACAUUACAAAUCUCAUCUUCGUGAUUUCUUUCGAAAGCAAUUAAAAAAUAAAGUAGUUUUAUUUACAACUGAUGGAUCUUCCAGCAGUGCUCUUUCAUGUGGUAAAACUGAUGAAGUUUUAUCCACAUUUGAUUUUGGAACUGGAGAAAAUGUUACGGCAAAGGUUGAACUUCUUCGCUGGCAUCAAGCAUCAGGCCCUAUCGUAAAUUCGGAGUUUUAUCCUGGUUGGCUGGAUCAUUGGGGGGCACCUCAUGCUAAUGUCAGUUCUGAUAGAGUUGUAAACGCCUUAACUGAUAUUUUAGCAGCUAAUGCUUCAGUAAAUAUUUAUAUGUUCCAUGGAGGUACAUCUUUUGGAUUUAGUGCUGGAUCCAAUCUUGGCAGCACAUUUCAAGCUUGUCCUACUAGUUAUGAUUAUGAUGCACCAUUAUCUGAAGCUGGGGAUCCUACUCCUAAAUAUUAUGCAAUGCGUGAGGCUAUAGGCAAGUUCCUUCCUUUGCCGCCUGGUCCUGUACCAGAACCUUCACCAAAGAUGAAACUGCCUCCAAUAACAAUGAAAAAGGUUUCAACUCUUUGGGAAUACUUAACAUUAACGGGUAGAACAAUUUUGAAUAAGAGUCCUCUUUCAUUUGAAGAUCUUAAACAUCCUUACGGUUUUGUAAUGUACAAAACUAAAAUUAAUUUUAUCCCAUCUGAUCCAGCUGUUCUGACAGUUAAAGAUGUAGCUGACAGAGCUUAUGUUUUUGUAAAUAAGGUUUUGCAAGGAAUCUUAAGCCGAGAGCAAAAAGUGAAUAGUAUUCCAUUGCGUAUUUUGAAGGGCCAAAGCAUUGAUAUAUUGGUUGAAAAUCAAGGGCGUGUCUGUUUUGGAUCUGGAAUAAAUGACAGAAAGGGAAUCUUUCAAAAUGUGACUUUGGGAUCCCAGAUUCUUCUUAAUUGGACAAUGAUACCAUUACCAUUAGGUCCUGAGUCUUUAUCAUUGAUGAAGUAUAUAAAACAGUCAACUUUGGAACAAUAUAAAAGUUUUGUGCCUUCUGUAUACAUAGGAGAAUUCAUUCUUCCAAAUGAAACAAUUCUUGACUCAUUUCUUAGAUUGGAUGGCUGGCACAAAGGUGUGGCUUUUCUUAACUCUUUUAAUCUUGGACGUUAUUGGCCAAUAGUGGGACCUCAAGUAACAUUAUAUGCUCCAAGUGUUUUAUUCAGAAAAGCACCUCAAGUAAAUCAGAUCAUAUUAAUAGAAUUGGAACAUGCUCCUUGCCAAAAUACAAAUACAUGCACCAUAAAAUUUGUAAAGAAACCUGUUGUAAAUGGCACUACUCCUUCCGGUACUGAAAUUAGUUUCAAUUUCUAUGGUAAAAAAUAUCUGAGAGAUAUUAUGUAUAAAAAAUUAACACAGCUUAUAAAAAGUAUUAAAAAUUUAUCUUAAAUGAUAAUCUUUACCGUCCAUUAAUAUUGGGAUUAUAUUUUUUGUUGAAUAAAUAUAAGAAUUUGGAUUUUGUUAUUUAUUAUACAUAUUUUAUAUAUGUAAUGUAAUUCAUGUGCAAUACUUUUAUAAUGAAUUUAAUAAAUUUGUAAACAUUUU